AUGGAAGAUUCUGACAAUUCACAUCUCUAUACAGACCAAUCUUUUACAGAUGAUUAUGAAUAUGAUUCCUAUACAGAUUCUUAUAAUGAUCUCCAUGUCGAUUCUUAUAAUAAUCCUCAUGCCAGUUCUUUUAAUGAUCCCUAUACCGAUUCUUACAAUAAUCUCUAUGCUAAUUCUUAUAAUGAUCUCUAUUCCAAUUCUUACAAUGAUCUCCAAGUCAAUUUUUCUAAUGAUCCUCAUAAUAUUGGAUCUGAUAAUUUAGAAAAUAAUGAAUUAUCCCAAGCAGAAACUGUUACUAGUGAGAAAA